AUGAGAACUUCCAAGUUCAGAAAUGAGAUAUCUGGCUUUCAACAACAUGAAUUGGAGUCUCUUUAUGAAGCAUGGCAGAGAUACAAGGCUUUGCAAAGGCAGUGUCCACACCAUGGCAUUCCUGAGUGGUUACUGAUUCAGACAUUCUACAAUGGUCUGAAACAUGAAGUUCGAAGUUCUAUUGAUGCCGCAUCUGGCGGUACCUUCAUGGCAAAAACUCCAGAAGAUGCGAAGACAUUGUUGGAUGAUAUGGCUGCCAACAAUUACCUGAAUGACUGGAGUGUGUCUCGUGGAGCCCCUACAAAGGGAGGUAAGUAUAAGGUUGAUGCUAUUGCUACUUUAACUAACACUAUGCAACUUUUGGCAGCUAAAGUUGAUCAGUUGAGUAGCGGACCAGUAGCACCUGUUUGUGAGAUUUGUGAAGUGCAAGGUCACUCAUUUAAUGAGUGUCAAUAUAAUACUAUGGGAGCGGGAACUGAGCAAGUCAAUGCCCUCCUAAACACAAACACAAGGCCACAAAAUAACCCAUACUCAAACACAUUUAACCCAAGUUGGAAGCAUCACCCAAAUUUCUCCUACAAAAAUAACCAACCUCAACCUCCACACACCAACUACUCCCACCCACCUGGUUUCCAACAAAGACCACCAUUUAACCCUUCAUUAGCAUCCUCUCGACCCAACCUUGAGACUAUCAUGGAGAAUUUAGCUUCCUCUCAGGCUAAGCAAGUUGAAUACCAAGCUAAGCAGAAUGAAUUCUUCAACAACUCUCUCCAACAAAUCACUGCUCAUAAUAAAUUGAUGGAGAGUCAGAUGACCCAACUAGCCCAACAAAUAAGCCACCUCUCUAAACCUUCAUGCCAACUUCCUGGGCAAACUGAACCAAAUCCUAAGGGGCAUAUCAAUGCCAUUUCAUUGAGUAGCGGUAAAGAACUGCAAGAGCCUACAAGGAGGGUAACUGACCAACACAACACUGCAAAAGAGGUUAUAGAGUUGAGUGAAGAAGUUCAAGGGAAAACGAGUUUGGAAGAUGAAGCUAGCAAGACUGAGAAGGAGGAACCCAUUAAUAAGCUUCCUGAAAAGCUAGGAUAUCCGGGCAGCUAUUCCAUUCCUGUCAAGCUUGGAGAUAUUGCAAUCAAGAAUGCUUUGUGUGAUCUUGGGGCUAGUGUUAGUCUCAUGCCGUUAUCUAUCUGCAAGAAACUCAACAUGGGCGAACUAAAACCCACACGCAUCUCUCUGCAACUAGCUGACAGGACAAUGAAGUUUCCACUUGGUAUUCUUGAAGAUGUUCCUCUUCGAGUGGGUAAAUUCUUUAUUCCCUGUGACUUUGUCGUUAUGGAGAUGAAGGAGGAUGCACAAGUUCCCAUCAUUCUUGGGAGACACUUUUUGGCCACUGCUGGAGCCAUUAUUGACAUGAAGAAGGGUAAAAUCACUUUUGAAGUAGGUGAUGAGAAGGAGUAG